UAUCCAUUUUUUGGAGAUUUUGUUUCAACUGUUCCGACUCACGAUCGCAGUAGUAAAUGGUUGACUUAGCUGACUAGCGAGUGGAUUUGAUUGGGCAGUGAGACCAAACUGUUCUGUAUUCUCCGGCGGGCGAUUCGUCGAUCUCGCUCUGAGUGACGGCGCUCCGGCUCUCCGGCAAGGCCGCUAGCCUACUGCGAAAUUCAAUUUCGGAAAGUUUUUGUCACUUUUGGGACUUCGCUGGUUAGAUUUUUCUUUCUUUUUUUGGAGAAUGGACGUGCAUGGCUCUGGACCUAGGAAAUUCGACGGAGGCAAUGGCGAUUCACGGAGGGUAGGGGUUUUGUACGACGAGAGGAUGUGCAAGCAUCACACGCCCGACGGAGAUUACCAUCCUGAGAAUCCCAAUCGAAUUAGGGCCAUUUGGAACAAGCUACAAAGCUCCGGCAUUCUUCAGAGGUGUGUGGUCUUGAAUGGGAAAGAAGCAGAAGAUAAGCAUAUUUUGGCAGUACACUCCAAAAAUCAUGUUGACUUGAUUAAGAAUAUAAGCUCCAAAGAGUUUGAUUCACGAAGAGAUAAGAUUGCCGCACAACUUAACUCCAUAUACUUUAAUAAAGGAUCAUCAGAAGCUGCUUAUCUAGCUGCUGGCUCUGUCAUAGAUGUUGCUGAAAGAGUAGCUCAAGGAGAUUUAGAUUCCGGAAUUGCCAUUGUGAGGCCACCGGGUCAUCAUGCCGAACAUGAUGAAGCUAUGGGGUUCUGUUUGUUCAACAAUAUAGCUGUGGCAGCAAGCUUUAUUUUGAAUGAACGACCCGAUUUGGGUAUUAAGAAGAUAUUAAUUGUUGAUUGGGAUGUUCAUCAUGGCAAUGCAACACAAAAGAUGUUCUGGAGGGAUCCCCGUGUUUUGUUCUUCUCCGUUCACCGGCACGAGUUCGGAAGCUUUUAUCCCGCCACAGAUGAUGGUUACUAUACCAUGGUUGGAGAAGGACCAGGAGCAGGAUAUAAUAUAAAUGUCCCUUGGGAGAAUGGACAAUGUCGGGAUGCUGAUUACCUAGCUGUUUGGGACCAUAUCUUGCUUCCAGUUGCUAAGGAAUAUAAUCCUGACAUGAUCAUAGUCUCUGCCGGAUUUGAUGCAGCUGUUGGAGAUCCUCUAGGUGGUUGCUGUGUCACACCGUAUGGAUACUCAAUUAUGUUGGAAAAGUUGAUGAAUCUUGGUCAAGGAAAGAUUGUAUUGGCAUUGGAAGGGGGAUAUAAUCUUGACUCUAUAGCAACUUCAACGCUUGCCUGUGCGGAACUUCUGGUUGAUGGAAGAACUAUGAACAAUUCUUCAGAGACUUGUCCAUUUGAGUCAACAUGGCGAGUGAUCCAAGCAGUUCGCCGAGAAUUGAGUCCUUUUUGGCCAAUGCUUUCGGAUGAACUACCAGAUAAUUUAACCAGUAAAAAAGUGCCAGUCCCGGAGGUAUUGCUUUCAAGCUCUGAUUCAGAGGAUGAAGCUUCCGAUUCUCGAUUAAAAAGCCUCGAGGAAAUUCUUCAGGGUAUCACACUUUCACGAGUGGAAGUUAAGGAAGACAGUCAGGGUCAAGCGAUUAAUGUUACUAUCCCUUGGAGAUUGGAGCUCUCAAAAACUGAUAUCUGGUAUGCUUCAUUUGGAUCAAAUAUGUGGCGCCCGAGAUUCCUCUGUUAUAUCGAAGGAGGACAGGUUGAGGGUAUGAAAAAACCGUGUACGGGUUCAAUGGAUAAGACACCACCAAAAGAGAUGCUGUGGAAAAUUUUUCCUCACCGUCUAUUUUUCGGUCAUGAAUAUACCAAUAUAUGGGGCCAAGGAGGAGCUGCUUUUCUUCAUCCUGAAAGCAACAGUGAUGAGAAAUCUUUCUUGUGCUUGUAUAGAAUAACGCUAGAGCAAUUCAACGAUGUUUUGUAUCAAGAAAACAGUGGGAGUGGCUUCCUUUCUGAUAACCCUUUAUUGGAUAUAGCUAAUCUGAACAAACUCACAGGCAACGCUUCCACAUCUAUUGAGAUUUCAACAGGGCAAGGAUGGUACCACAACCUUGUAUACUUGGGGAAAGAACAGGAACUUCCGAUAGUAACUAUGACAUGUUCGCAUUUGGAUAUGGAAGACUUCAAAUCUGGAAAGGUUCCUCUCUGUGCACCAGCCAAAGGGUACGUUGAUACCCUUGUUAAAGGCCUUGCUGAAGGACCACUUUCGAAAGAGGAAGCUUUGGUUUACAUUCAGAAGGCUGUAACUAAGCCACUGUAAGCGCAAUCCCCUCGUUUGCAACCUUCCUGUUCUUUAUUUAUGAAAUUAGGAGACCUUUAGUUGAUGAACUCACUCUGACAUGCUCUUUGUUCUGUAGUUUGUUACUUUGUGGUAAUUAAAUUGGUGCAUAGAUUGUCUUUUCUGGGUUA